UUAUGUUUAAUAUUAUUAUAAUAUGUUACCAGAAAAAUCAAAUCUUUUAGAUAUAUUUUUAUAAAAAAUAAGAAAGUUACUACAUGUUUAUAUUAAAUUAGUUACAAACUGUAUUACGAGUACAUUCGGAUGAAAUAACUCAUCUAGAAGUGGGAGGAGUGGCGAGAAUUUAAAUAUAUUAUUCGUUGUAAAUAUUUGCAUUGAACAGUUUAUUUUCUCCGGCUGCCAAGAUGAUGAACCAAUAUAUAAGAGAAUUGGAGCAGGACCCAUUUGAUGCUGAUGAGUUCGUGGAGAGAAUGGUACGCCGAAGUAUGCAAGAGUGUCGCUUACAGGAUGAUCAAUUUGACCCAGAAAUGAUCCAUGACAUAUUUACUCAAGCUAUUCAAGACCUGAAGGUUUUACAAGAAAGGCAGGAGAGAAAAUGUGCGAGAUUGGAGCAAGCAGUACAGGAAGAGGAGAAGAUUUAUGUUGCUAAACUUGCUGAAAUCAUGGAUCAGCAUUCACAUUGUGUAUCAGUAUUUAGUACACUAGACGAGCGAAUGUCACGGUGUGGUGGUAGAGCCUUGGAUAUUGGUGAGAAAUUGGGAGCUGCAAGAGCCCCGAGAGCCAGGGCUGCCGCUGCACGGGAUCUGCUCUCCCAUUUGGCAAACUUCCUUAGCCCAGGACCAGUGCUUAGUGAUCUGUUCAGUGAUCCUAAUAAGCUCAAUGAAGCUGCAGAUGUUAUUCAAAAACUGUUCACUAUUGCUCAAGAGUUGCCGCCUGAUAAAUUUGAGGUUGCCAGGAAGAAAAUUGAAGCGAAGUAUGAUGAGAUUGAGCGUAAUCUCAUUGAAGAGUUUGUCAAAGCACAAAAUCAGGGAAACAUGGCUAAAAUGAAGGAUAUAGCCAAUAUUAUGACGAAUUUCAAAGGAUAUUCGCAAUGCGUGGAUGCUUAUAUUGAGACAAGUCAAAUGAAUACUCUCCUGGGGAAAGAUAUAUUUCUAUCUGUUCUGCCGCUUUGCAAAAAGAACUACAAUGUUAUAAGCAACGUCUUUCCAAACCCUGAUCAAGUGAUGAGUAAAUUUGUAUUGAAUAUAUUCCAUUUGAAGCUGCAGAAAUACAUACAGACAAAACUUGCUGAUAAGAACGAUAUUGAGAAAUAUUUACGCAAUUUGUAUGAGACUUACACGAGUACACAACGUGUUUGUGACGAACUAGUGGCUGCUAAUUUAGUAUCAGCUGAUGGUAACAGUGCGACUGGCGAAUUGCGUAGAGAAGCCUUAAUCAAUGGUGCUAUGGCCGGAGCCACUGAAGGCUAUCCUGCUCUGGAGAUACGGAGAUUGAAAGCAGUACUAUCUAAUACAUUGAACGCGUAUUAUGCUGAGAAACAACAUGUUAAGAAACAGAUUCAAGGGGGCGGUUUCCAAGAACUGCGUCGUGAUUUACAAGCCGUGAUUGGGACAAGGGCGAACAUAAACAUAGCGCAGAUAGAGAACUAUGGCGGCGAGACGUUCCUCAGUGAGCAGCUUGUUCAAAAGAUGUUGAAUGAUGCAAAAAUAUCCUUCUUGAGAUGCAAAACUUUAUGUACAUCUACUGAAUUGCCCGGAACCACGAUAGCCCUAUUGGAAGUGCUAAUACAACACUUGCUUAUUGAACAUGUUGAUUACGCAUUGGAUUUAGGUCUACAAUCUAUUCCGAUUGGUGAGGGGAAAUCAUUGCCUCAGAUUUAUUUCUUUGAAAUAGUGAACCAAACGAAUACAAUUGUUAAAAUGUUUGGGGAACAAUUUCAAGAAUCAGUGCUGCCCUGCUUGAGUUCAACAAGCAAGCAAACAGAAUGCAUACAACGAAAGAACACUAUCAUGGAGCAGUUAGAAACUAAAUUGGACGCGGGGUUGGAGCGAGCGAUCGCUGCAAUAGUAAGCUGGGUGAAGCUGUACUUGCAGACUGAACAGAAGAAAACUGACUUUAAACCUGAAGGAGAUAUUGACACUUUGGCCUCACCAGCUUGUACUGCGGUUGUGUCAUACCUCAACACAGUGAUGGACAAGAUUCACGCCAAUCUAGAUGGAGACAACUUGAACGCAGUCAUGUUGGAGCUAGCUGUGCGCCUGCAUCGUGUUAUAUACGACCAUUUGCAGAACUUCCAGUUUAAUUCUGCAGGUGCAAUGAUAGCGAUAUGCGACGUGAAGGAGUACCGGUCGGCGGCGUGCGGGCGCGGCCGCGCGGCGCCGGCGCCCGCGCAUGCGCUGUUCGACGCGCUGCAUGCGCUGUGCAACCUGCUGCUGGUCAAGCCGGAGAACUUGCACCAGGUGUGCGAGGGUGAGACCCUGGCGGAGUUGGAUCAUUCAAUUCUGUUGAACUUCAUUCAACUGCGCGCCGACUACAAGAGCCACAAGCUGUCGAGCUUCCUCAAGGGACUCUCGUAAACGAAACGACGUAUUAUUAUUGUCCUUAUUUAAGAUGAAUUAUAUUUAAAUGUUAUUUAUUAAAGUAUUUACGUAUAA